AGGAGACUGAGGCGAAAGGAAGAUGCCCGGGAAGCUGAAGGUCAAGAUUGUGGCGGGGCGGCACCUGCCCGUCAUGGACCGAGCCAGUGACCUGACAGACGCCUUCGUGGAGGUGAAGUUUGGAAACACCACAUUUAAGACAGAUGUGUAUCCCAAAUCUCUCAAUCCUCAAUGGAAUUCUGAAUGGUUUAAAUUUGAGGUGGAUGAUGAAGAUCUACAAGAUGAGCCUCUGCAGAUAACUGUUCUUGAUCAUGAUACUUAUAGUGCUAAUGAUGCCAUUGGAAAAGUUUACAUUGAUAUUGAUCCUCUCCUCUACAGUGAAGCAGCUACAGUUAUCUCUGGCUGGUUUCCAAUUUAUGAUACGAUACACGGUAUACGUGGAGAGAUCAAUGUGGUGGUGAAAGUAGACCUCUUCAAUGAUUUAAAUCGUUUUAGACAGUCAUCAUGUGGAGUUAAAUUUUUUUGCACUACAUCUAUUCCAAAGUGCUACAAAGCUGUAAUCAUUCAUGGGUUUGUAGAGGAACUGGUGGUUAAUGAAGAUCCAGAAUAUCAGUGGAUAGACCGAAUCCGUACACCAAGGGCAUCAAAUGAGGCCAGGCAGAGGCUUAUUUCAUUAAUGUCAGGAGAGCUGCAAAGGAAGAUUGGCUUGAAGGUACUUGAAAUGAGAGGGAAUGCAGUUGUUGGCUAUUUGCAGUGCUUUGAUCUGGAGGGAGAAUCAGGACUAGUAGUACGAGCCAUAGGAACAGCCUGUACCUUGGAUAAAUUAAGUAACACAUCAGCAUUCUUACCCACAUGUAAUUCCCCAUCCAAAGAUAUGAAGGAGUCUCCGCUGGUUCAUCCACCAAGCCAUGGAUGUCGCUCGACUCACAACAGCCCAAUUCACACAGCUACUGGCUCACGGCUUACUCAGAACUUCUCUGUGUCUGUUCCCACUCUCAUCUACACUGGUACGAGACUGCUCAGACUCAGAAGCUGGGGAGAGACAGGCUACAGGCACAGUGACUGCAAAGGGCAGGCAGGCAGGCAGUGUAGGAUUCCUUUCAAUGAAGAUCCCAAUCCCAAUCCUCAUUCAUCAGGACCCUCCACCCCUCUGAAAAACCAAAUCUAUUCCUUUUCACCUUCCAAGUCCUACAGUCGACAGUCCUCUUCUUCUGACACAGAUUUGAGUUUGACACCCAAAACUGCACUUUCCCCCCAGGGACCUAGGAUUUUCCUGUAUCCCAGCUCCCCUACACUAUCUUGUGAUUCCCCACAGCUUAAACAGCCCUGUCUCCUUCUCUCUGGGUCUAUCUCUAACCCUCUUCACUCUAGCCAUGCCAACCCAAUUCUGAGGAAAAGUGUUUCUUUCACUGAAGAGCUGCUUCUGGCUGCUUCUGGAAUGGGCAGUGGGAGUGCUGGAAAAGAAGGGGGGCCAUUAAAAGCUCUGUUAAGACAGCAAACUCAGACGGCUUUGGAGCAAAGGGAAUUUCCUUUUUUUACUUUGACGGCCUUUCCUUCAGGCUUCCUUCUUCAUGUAGGCGGUGUUGUCAGUGCUCGCUCAGUGAAGCUCCUGGAUCGCAUUCACAAUCCUGCCUUUGUCGGAAUUAUGGGUAACACAAGAUCAUACAAACUGCUAGACUGGAAUAGUUUCAAUUCAGGGAGUCCCCAAAGCCCUCUCUCCUUUAUAAAUGACCCAGAGACACGAGAUGCAUGGUGGGCCGAAAUACGACAAGAAAUUAAAUCCCAUGCAAAGGCACUGGGGUGUCAUGCUGUAGUGGGCUACAGUGAAUCAACUAGCAUUUGUGAAGAGGUCUGUAUUUUGUCUGCAUCUGGCACGGCAGCUGUAUUGAACCCUAGAUUUCUCCAGGAUGGCACCACGGAAGUCUGUUUGGAACAAAGGUUGUCAUGGCAGCCUGGCUACUUUUCCAUAGGGUCAGAGAAGGGAGAGGUUGAUUUUUUUCCUCAAAACCAGGAUAGUUCUUCUCUAUUAGGGUUAGAGGAAACAUCACCUCUGGGUUGUGGCUUUUGCCACAUACCAUACGAUGAGCUCAACAUGCCAUUCCCUGCUCACCUCACUUACUGCUGCAACUGCAGGAAGCAAAAAGUCCCUGAUGUUCUUUUCACAACAAUAGAUUUGCCUGUGGAUGCACUGGUGGUUGGGAAAGGAUGUCUCAUUCAAGCCAGGUUGUGUCGGCUGAAAAAGAAAGCACAAGCCGAAGCAAAUGCAACUUCCAUCAGUAAUCUGCUGCCAUUUAUGGAAUAUGAAGUACACACUCAGCUGAUGAACAAGCUAAAACUGAAAGGAAUGAAUGCUCUUUUUGGACUGAGGAUUCAGAUCACAGUAGGAGAAACAAUGCUAAUGGGUUUGGCAUCUGCCACGGGUGUAUACCUGACUGCUUUACCAUCUCCUGGUGGGAUUCAAAUUGCUGGGAAGACGCCGAAUGACGCCACUUACGAACAACAUAUAUCGCACAUGCAGAAGAAGAUAAAUGAUGCAAUAGCCAAAAAUAAGGAGCUUUAUGAGAUUAAUCCUCCAGAGGCACCUGAAGAAAUUAUAGGUUCGCCCAUUCCAGAACCAAGGCGCACUAGGGUGCUAAGAUCCCAGUCUGAAAGUUCUGAUGAAAUUACAGAAUUGGACCUGUCACAUGGAAAAAAAGAUGCUUUCGUCUUGGAGAUUGAUGAUACAGAUGCAAUGGAAGAUGUUCACUCUUUAUUAACAGAUGUCCCUCCACCUUCAGGAUUUUAUAGCUGCAACACAGAAAUUAUGCCUGGUAUAAAUAACUGGACUUCUGAUAUACAGAUGUUCACGUCAGUGAGAGUCUCCAGACUUAAUAAUGUUACCCUAACAAACCAAACACUCAACAAGACCUUUAAUGAUCUCUGUGAGAAUCUGCUCAAGAGCCUGUAUUUUAAACUUCGAUCUAUGAUUCCUUGCUGCCUGUGCCAUGUAAAUUUUACAGUUGCUCUUCCAGAGGAUGAAUUAAUUCAGGUCACUGUUACAGCAGUUGCAAUAACAUUUGACAAACACCAAGCUUUGCAAGCAGCUAAAACUCCUGCAGAAAAAACAUUACAAAGAGCUUCUACAGACAAUGAAGAACAACUACAGUUUCCCAUGGAGCUUUCUUCUGAUCCUCAUGCUCCCCAGCAAUUCUCGCCAGCAAAAGAGGACCUGGAGAAUGCAAGUUCCCACACAGCUGUCCAAAGAGCAACAUCAGUUGAUUACAGUUCCUUUGCAGACAGAUGCAACAGCUGGAUAGAAUUCAUUAAACUGAAAGCUCAGACCAUAAGGCGUGGAUCAAUUAAGACAACCAUUUCAUUCGACAAGCCAAGUCCAUUGACAGAAGGACAAUCCCGUCGUUCUGGCUCUUCCGGCAUGAGUUCCACUGUGCCAGUUGUUAAGAUGACACCUCUUUCUUUCAUUGCUGGGGCAAAAAUAACCAAAUACCUUGGAAUAAUCAACAUGUUUUUUAUACGAGAAACCACUUCUUUGCGUGAGGAGGGCGGUGUAAGCGGUUUUCUUCAUGCAUUCAUUGCUGAGGUCUUUGCAAUGGUAAGGGCUCACGUGGCAGCUCUCGGGGGAAAUGCCGUUGUCUCUUACAUCAUGAAGCAGUGCGUGUUCAUGGAGAAUCCAAACAAAAAUCAGGCACAGUGCCUAAUAAACGUCAGCGGAGAUGCAGUAAUCUUUAUACGUGAAUCGGAAUUGGAAGGAGCAGCAAACCAGCUCUCCACAAAUGGCUCUCAACCUACCAAUUCAAAAGAUGCCGUAAGUUACAACAUGAAGAAGUGAAAUGGCUUUAAUUAUACCUCGAGGUUAUCUUCAAAGUGUCAGAUGCCAUGGCUUUCAUUUGUUUCUUUUCAAUCAGCAACACUCCUUAUAUUAAGGACUGCUCCAUUUUGAGGCAAUCAUAGAUACUGUCCAUCAGAUUUCGUAAGAGCCCCUGUGCACACAAAAGAACAUCUGUCUAAAGGAAGAACUGAAAAUAGCAGAUGUUCAUCAGAACUGAAGUCAUCAGGAUAUCGCCCUGUAUAUUAUAGGGCCAGAACAAAAAAAAUCUUACUUGGAAGCUAUCAGAAACAAAUGUUACUCAUUCUCAGAGGGAGGAAGAGAGGAUUUAUAUUACAACUGGAAUAUAGCUGAGAAAUUCAAAUCUCUCCAUGUGUUUUGAGAAAGGAAAAGCUGGUUCCAACAGCACUGCCAAAUACGCAACAUGCAAAGUAAACAUAGCUUUUGGAACUAGUGACAAUCAUCGCCCACCUGAACUGGACAGACUGGAUGUAGCUGCAUGUUAAAAUAUGUUUUUUCAUGUUUGUGAACUAUUGAAUAUUUUUCUAUUGUACAUUUUUUAAUUUUAAAUUGCUAAAUAGAAUUAUGAUAAAAUAACUGGUGCAGAUAACUAUUGACAUUUUAUGUUAUUGGAACAAUAGCGGUAGAUGAAAAUCUGCUAUCUGAAGUCUGUGAAAUCCCAGCUGCGUCUGAAGAGGAAAUCAGGGCUUUGGAUUUCACAGGUUGCAAAUACAAGGAAACUUGGAGAAAGAGCAGUAUUCUAGAAAGGCCACCACUCACAGAUGGUGUUAAAUAUGGUACCUAGGAAGAUGAGGAUUGCUGCAGUAAACAGAGGAUUAGACACACCCAGAGGGAUUUGAUAGAAUAUAACAAUCCAUAGAUCUGAGAAACUGCUAUUAACAGAUGCGAUCCUAGUCACUUGCAUGCGUGGAUAGGGGAGAUAAAUGCAUGCUAAAGCAUGAAAUAUGUUUUGAAAGUUUCUGUGGCAGCAAUCACUUGGCUGAACAGGCAUGCCACUUUUAUUAAAACUGGCUUGCCUCUUCAACUGAUGAGUAGCUGUAGGAAAAGCUUUGAAAACCUGUGGAUGCACUUCUUCCCUCACUCAUGGCCAUAUAGGAGCCCAGCUGAAGUGUUUUUGAUGGCCUCCAGUGUGGAACUUGAAGAAAAGAUGUAAACUUGAAUGUAAAUAGAUGGCAUUUUGCUAGAUCUAGGUACAGAAAUUAUCUAUUAUUUGUCCAAUUCAGAGAUUCCAUUGUAAAUGAGAAUGAUGAAAAUCACAUUCCUAUUUGCAUAAUAAAGCUUCUUUCU